UAAACCAAUUUUACUUUGAAGUGCGUGCCACUUCGCCCGUCAUUUACACUUGAAAUUUACCUUUAGUACGAAAUAAGACGGGAAAAAUCGUAGUCGGGAGUGCCAAUGGAACGUACUAUUAAUUACCUACUGUCAGUAUUAGUAUUAAUUCUGUGUUGUCAGCUGUUUUAAAGUCACCUGUCAAUAAUAUAAACAUAACCAAUUGAUAACGUUAUCUAAAAAGUAAUUAAAAAUAUUAUGUAAAAUAUGAUAUUGAUUGACCUUUGUGGACUUGGUUAUUAUGUUGAAUAUCACGCAGUGAUACUUUUGCUGAGAAAGGAUGCAGAAGCACCAAGUUUCGAACACAGCAUGACCUUUGAUUCAAGUAAUUUAAAUUGAAUCUAUUAAUUUUUUUUCGGUAAACGUAAGAAAUAUUCAUUCAGUAUAAUAAUGUCUAAAAUACCUCAAAAAACGAUUUUUAACUAUGAAACUCUGGUGCAUGCAACUGCAGGAGCCGCUGCAAGUAUUUUUGCAAUGAGUAGUGUAUACCCUUUGGAUAUGAUAAAAUUUCGUAAACAACUUGAAGAUAAAGAAUUAGCAGAAAAGUCUACUUUUCGGGGUAUACUACACCUUUUAAAGAUGGAAGGAGUAGAAUCUUUAUAUCAAGGAAUCAGUCCGGUCGUGAUAACAUUAGGAGUCUCAACAUUUGUGUAUUUCUAUACGUUUCAUGGAUUUAAAUCUCGUAUACCCAAAGAAUUCAUAAAUUCAAAAACGGAUUUAUUUCUGAGUAUUUUUGCUGGCGUUGUAAAUGUUCUGACGACGAAUCCUCUUUGGGUUGUUAAUAAUAGACUGAAAAAACGUGACAAAGAUAUCAAAUUCACUGGUCUCCUCGACGGAUUAUAUCACAUAGCAACGACAGAAGGUAUUUCUACGCUAUGGAACGGUGUUGCUCCUUCUUUAAUGCUGGUAUCGAAUCCUGCCAUUCAUUUUACAAUAUACGAAGCUUUAAAAAGGAAAGUUAAAGUUCAAAACGCCACCGCUUUUUUCCUCCUUGGUGCCUUAUCAAAAACUAUAGCAACCAUCAUCACUUACCCUCUUCAAGUGGCUCAAACUAGACAACGAUUGAUAAAAGGACCAAGAAUGAGUACGGCUGCACUACUUUAUAUGUUAGUCAAAGAAGGUGGUUUGGGUGCCUUAUUCAAAGGACUCGAAUCGAAAAUGUGGCAAACAGUAUUUGCUACUGCUUUGAUGUUUACCACUUAUGAAAAAAUCACCCAGUUAGUAUUUAAAUUGUUAUUGGGAACUGCCAGAAGAGAACAUCAAAUGGUAGCUUGAAUUUUUUAUAAAAAUAAUUUUUUUUCUCUUCAAAAUCACAACCGGAAAUAGUAGUUUUUGAAAAUAUUCCAUAGUGGACAAGUUCAUAUUUCAAAGUAUUAUUCAAAGUCAAUUCCGUUAUAUUUAAAUAUUGAUAUUGAUAUCGAAUCUCGUUUCGAUAAUCAAGUUAUCCUCUUCAGUGACUGAAACUUAAUAACUUCAGUCUCUGAAGAGGAUAACUUCUUAAAUGAAACGUAGAAAAUGUGUGUGUUAAUGUAGUAGUAUUAAAUAUUGUGUUCAUUAUGAUUUCAAAUCAAUCAAUUUUUUUUCUAUAAUCACAGAUUUGAUUAUACAGUUUUAGGAAUUUAUAGACCUAAAAGUGCCAAAUGUCAAGUAUUUUAUUAAAAACUGUUGUUUUUAGAAAUUCUUAUUAGCAUGUGCUGACAGAAAAUAUCCCAACCGUUCAUUCCAUCUCAAAAAUUACUUGUAAACAUUUUAUUUGAUAAAUUAUUAAAUUUUCAGCUUCUUUAGACAACUAACUGACCCAAUAAGGUGGUAAAUAUCUUUUUGUGUUAUUUCAUUCCAACUCCUGCAAUCACUCGUGUCCAAAACAUGCUCAAUUGGAAACAGAUCAGGCGAUCUUGUUGGCGAACAUAAACGGUGGUGGUGUUAAUCAAUAAAAGCUAUAGAAUCUCUGGUAACUUGUAAUCUAAUGAAAAUUGAGGAUGGAUGAUUCCACUACUUACGAUACCUUGCACCAAGGUGACACCAUAAAAACAACAUACAUAAUAUACAAAGUGUUACUGGAUUAAAUUCAUCUAAAAUACCAAAAAUGUCUCCCGAGUAUUACAAUUUAUUAAUUAUGAAUUUUUACCAAUCAGUCAAUAUAGUGUAUAAAGACUGGGCAUGGUAUUCUGAAACCAAUACCGCAAAUUUGUAAUACAAUAUGCAUAUCAAUACCAUCGAAUGGGUACUAGAACAUGAAAUAGGUUAGGUUAAGGAAUCAUGUAUACACAUUGUAAUAUCUCAAAAUGUAGAACGUAAGUUUCAGUUUCAUUCGGUCUUAGUCGGGUUAAUAUAUUAAAUAUUCAUUUUCGGGGUAACAACAUAUGGUUUAAUCAAUUGAAAUUGGAAAUUCGAAGCAUUUAGUGCUGAGUGGUUUUUUUUUCUUCUUUAACCGGCGCUACGGUCCUUUGUGAACUAGGGCCUUUUCAAAAAUCGACUGCAAAUAAUUUCUGUCCUGAGCAUGAUGCCUCCAACUUCGAACCCCUAGCUGCACCAGAUCCGCUUCAAUGGCCAAGGAGCGGUCUUCCUCUCAAUCCUUAAACGCGUCCCCCGGUUGAACGCCACCAAAUCUGUCUCAGCUCAGUAUUCCUCCAGAUCCUCCACGCACCGUUCUCGCAAACAGGGCCUAAAAUCUUUUGUAGAAUCUUAGCAGUUCACAAACUGCUCACUUGUCGUCACCAUAGCCCAUGUCUUGCAUCUGUAUGUGACUACAGGACGGAUUAUUGUCUUGUAAAUUGUGAGUGCUCUCUGGACUGCCCAAAAGCAUCUGUUCCAUGAAGAGUGGUUUUUAGUUACAUGAAAUGUUAUGAAUAUAAUAGAGAUUGUUUGCUAUGGACAUUAAUUCAACCUUAUCAAAUAUACAAAAUAAACUACAUCAAAUAUUCCAAAACAAAAUUGUUGAACGUAUAGUAGAUGACAAAUUGUAGCUGGGUAUUUGAAUAUUGUACACAACUUUUUGUUAAUGUAUUUUUAUAUUAUUGAAUUAUUUAAUAAAUAUACUGUUACAUAAA